UUAACAAGAAUAAAUUCCCAGCGUCCCCAAAGCCAGGUUUUCAUGUUCGAUUUCGAUCCAAACUCCAAAGCCACCCACCUUUCUUAAAAAAGAGCAGCUCUCUUAUUAAACAUCAGAAAGAAUAGAAGAAGACCUUUAAGUUCAUGUGAAAAUGGGGAAAUUUUGAAGUGUUUUGAAAAAAAAAAAAACAGUUCUCUUCGUUGCUAGAUUUUUGAAAAGCGGAGGUCGUUGGGUGGGAGUAGUUGAGUGUGAUGGUAAGAAAUGGUGCACGUGGUGCCGGCGGACCCUCAGGCGGUAGUGGCGGUGAAGAAGAAGGCGCAGUCUUCUCGAAGUUGGGUCCUUCUUGAUAGCACGGGGGAGACUACCGUGCUUGACGUCGACAAGUAUGCUAUCAUGCAUCGAGUAAACAUUCAUGCCCGAGAUUUACGCAUACUCGACCCUCUCUUGUCUUACCCUUCCACCAUUCUCGGUCGCGAUGGAGCUAUUGUCUUAAAUUUAGAGCAUAUCAAGGCAAUUAUUACUUCUGAGGAGGUUUUGCUUCGAGAUCCAUCUGAUGAAAAUGUUGUCCCUGUUGUUGAAGAACUUAAGAGACGUUUGCCUCCAAUGAAUGCUAUUCAGCAAGGUCAGGACUACACUGGUGGACAAAAUGAUGUUGAGGGUGACGAAGAUGAGUCUCCGUUUGAAUUCCGAGCACUGGAGGUUGCUUUGGAAUCUAUUUGUAGUUUUCUAGCAGCACGUACACUAGAACUAGAGACUGCAGCUUAUCCUGCUUUAGACGAGCUUACCUCCCAGAUUAGUAGUCGUAAUUUGGAUAGAGUUCGUAAAUUGAAGAGUGCAAUGACCAGAUUGACUGCUCGGGUACAAAAGGUAAGGGAUGAACUUGAACAACUACUGGAUGAUGAUGAUGAUAUGGCUGACCUUUAUUUGUCGAGAAAGUUGGCUGGAACUUCACCUGUUAGUGGGUCAGGUGCUGCAAAUUGGUAUCUUGCCUCUCCUACCAUAGGAUCAAAGAUUUCUAGAGCAAGUAGAGCAAGUAUAGCAACAGCUCGUGGAGAUGAGAAUGAUGUCGAGGAGCUUGAAAUGUUGUUGGAGGCCUACUUUAUGCAAAUUGAUGGAACAUUGAACAAAUUAACAACGCUGCGUGAAUAUAUUGAUGAUACAGAGGAUUACAUCAAUAUUCAGCUUGACAACCACCGAAACCAGCUAAUCCAGUUAGAGCUCUUUCUAAGUUCAGGAACUGUGUGUUUAUCCAUCUAUUCUUUAGUGGCUGCAAUAUUUGGGAUGAACAUUCCAUAUACGUGGGAUACUAAUCAUGGAUACAUGUUUAAAUGGGUGGUCAUUGUCUCUGGGAUAUUUUGUGCAACUCUGUUCAUACUCAUCAUGUCCUAUGCUCGGCUGAAGGGUUUGGUUGGAUCUUGAGACUCUCACAAUACUACAUUUAAUGAUGUUCUUGCAGGAAAGCUUGCUGGCCAUUCUCUGCAUGUGAACUACUGUAAGUCAAUCAAUGAAGAAGAUUUUUACUGAACAAUCAAGACAAAAAAAUUAAUAAUAUAAAGAGAAAUUUGUAAUCUAUCUCUUUUUUUUAAAAUUAUUGAUAAAUACAGAGCAUGGAAUUGGAAAACUAUUGAAAAGAAAGGAAAUAAUACAACAUAUAUUGUUCUAUGCA